AUGAAUAAGCUUUUUUUCUGCCUUGUCAUCUUGUUUAUCGCAGCUGUUCAUGCUGUUGAUAUUACUCAAGUCAAUACGAUUACCACCGAUGGUGCCAUUGCCGCUGCCCAGGCCGUUUUGCAAGCUGCUCGCAAGGGAGAGCAUACCGUUGCAGUCUCUGUGAUUGAUCGUAAUGGAAAGUACCGUUUAUUGAUUAGUGAUGAUAAUGCUGGUCCUCAAACCGAAGAGUCUGCUAAACGUAAAGCUUUCACUGCUGUUUCCUUUGGACGCCCUACCUCGAAUUUGACUGCUACUGCUGGUGGUGAUGGUGUCACCAUCCAUGAUAUCCCUGACACUUUGUUCUUGGCUGGUGGUGUGCCUAUUAUCUAUGAGGAUCUUCCUAUCGGCGCCAUUGGUGUUGGUGGAGCUCCCUCCGGUGAUAUUGAUGAACAAUACGCCCGUGCUGGUCUUGCUGCUCUCGGCUUGUAA